AUGAUUAUGAAUAUACACGACGAAUUUAAAGAUUAUUUAUCGGUUUUAACAACAAAUCUUAAAUAUUUUGCCCAUCUAUCACCAACACGAAUUAAUCUGUUUUCUCGAGAAGAUGCAGAAAAAAUAUGCUCAAUUGUUUCCGGUAUUGAUGGUUAUGACUUGUUAUUUUUCGAAAUGCAACUUCUCAAACCGAAAAUUGUGAAAUCCAACAAUAUUACAAAUGUAUUUAAUACAAUUGCUGUGGCUGAUGCUUAUCCACUAGCUCAAAAAGUUUUUCAAUAUUUACUUACUAUACCAGUUUCAAUUGCUUCCAAUGUUUGA